CCCAAGCACAUUGGCCUCCUUUCUAGUCUUUGAAUAACUGAAGUCUGAGCUAACCUCAGGGCCUUUGCACAGUGUGCUUUUUUCUGGAAAGCCGUUCCAGUGAGGGUCUGUUGGUGAGUUUCACAGUGUCCAAAUGGCUGGGAAGAUCUGAGUGUGUCUGAUUCUCUGCCCCUACAGCCAGGGUAUGUCUGGUUCUCUAGAGAAGGAUUGGAGGGAUGGAAUGUGACCGUUGCAAGCUUCCGUGGCAGUUGGUAAAGAUGACCGGAUGGACGUGCAGGACUUCAGCAGGACUCACUGAACAAGAAGGGCAGAUCCAGCAACCCUGAGAUCCUCUGUUCUUAACAGCUGAAGUCUGCUUCCUUCUCACCAUGGAGCUCGUUGUCAGGUUCUCCUUGGCCCUCGUUUUAGACACCAUGGUCAUGGAUGAAAAGGUGAAGACAGGUGUUGAGCUGGACACAGUUUCUGCUAGCUGUAACUAUGAUGCCCACUACAAGAACCACACCAAGUACUGGUGCCGAGGCUAUUUCAGGGACUCGUGCAACAUUAUCGCCUUUACCCCUAACAGCACCAACCGUGUGGCCCUGCAGGACACAGGAAGCCAACUCAUCAUCACUAUGUCCUGCCUGGUCAAGGAGGACACAGGCUGGUACUGGUGUGGUAUCCAACGGGACUUCGCCAGAGAUGUCAUGGAUUUUACACAGCUGAUUGUGACUGACAGCAGAGACGGCCGGGCCAGUGGUUUUCCACCUGACCCUCCAGGGAACAGGACCCGGAGCUGUAGGACUUCCAAAGCUAUCCAAAAGGCGAAGGGCUUCAGAAUGUUCAUUCUGAUCAUUUGCAUACUGAUUACUGGUUUGGAGAUCAUCUUUAUAAUCAGUCUUUUGUCCAGGGGAAGGAGAAGCCGAAGGAACAGAGGAGGAGUUACUGGUAAAAGCAUCCCUAGAAGCCCUCAGCCAAACCAAAUUCCUUCUGUGAUCUCCAUACCUUUGUAGGCAACGAUUUGAAGUUCUUUCCACAUGUCCUGACUCGAGGAAAUGGCCCAAACUGAACACACGUGACUGAAGAUUUCCUUCAUUUAGUUCCCAAAUAGAGUGAUAUUGUUACAGUUGAAUCUCCAUGACAACCAGCCUGCAUCUCAGAAAUUGAUUCUGACCUUUUGGAAUUUCUAAAGCAAUCUUUCGUGGCAAGGUGACAGCAGCGGUGGUCAGGGAAGCUACGACAGAUUCUGCCAAGCAAGGCUGCUACUGAAUAAUAUCUCCAGAUCUUAGCUCUCAUGCAUUAGAUUCGCUGACGUGAAGAAGAGGCACAGAAUCCAGGACAAGGGGAAAUGACUUGUAUUUUAUUUAUCAGCCAAUAAAUGUAUGAAUAGUGUUGAAA